AGUGUGAGCCUGCAACCAACUCAGAUCUCACAGAGCGGGGCUGACUGACAGGAGGAGUGGAAGAGGGAGCCUGGAUAGGAACCAGCCUGGACAACAACCACUGCUGUAGGCCCUCCUGAACCCACCAAAUUUUCUACUUCCUGUCCCAUCCGAUGUUCUGAUUGGUGGACUGGUAGACAGCAUGGUGGCCCAUCACCCCCAGGUCUGCAGGCGCAGGGGCCUGUUCAACAGCAUCAAGUUCUUUGUGCUGUGUCAUGGCCUGCUCCAACUGGCCCAGCUCCUGGUGUCUGGCUAUCUGAAGAGCUCCAUCUCCACCAUAGAGAGACGCUAUGGCUUCUCCAGCCAGAAGUCUGGCGUCCUGGCCGCCUUCAACGAGGUGGGGAACACAGUGUUGAUCGUGUUCGUGAGUUUCUUCGGCAGCAGGGUACAUCGGCCUCGCUUCAUCGGGGGCGGGGCUCUGGUGGCCAGCAUGGCCGCCCUGAUCAUGGCCCUGCCUCACUUCCUCAGCGGACACUACGAGUACACAGAUGGCGUCAGCACCGGUAAGGACAACAGCUCAGGACUCUGCCAGCUGAGCCACGUGUUCUCCACGUUCGAGUCCAACCAGAGCUGCCUGCAGCAGGAGAGUGCUGGUCACCGAGGCGUGUUCCUCAUCCUGCUGCUCGGACAGCUGCUCCUUGGGAUAGGAACCGUGCCCAUCCAGCCAUUCGGUAUCUCCUACAUCGACGAUUACGCCAGCAAGAGGAACUCGCCUCUAUAUCUGGGCAUUCUAUUGGCGGCGACAUCGAUCGGUCCAGCCUUCGGGUUUAUGAUGGGGUCAUUCGUGUUGCGGUUUUAUGUUGACUUCGACAAGCUUCCAAGUGGUGUGGUCCCGCUCGACAGGGGGGACCUGCGCUGGGUGGGCGCCUGGUGGCUCGGCUUCCUGGUCGCCUCCUGCCUCCUCUUCCUCACCUCGCUGCCUUACCUCUUCUUCCCUAGAGAGAUGUCCAAAGAGGAGACCGCAGACGAGAGCGUGGAGUCCAGGACAGAGACCCUGGAGAAGACACCGCUGCCUCACGCAGCCCAGGAAGUCACGCUGGCCCACUUCCUCAAAAGUUUCCCCAGGAUCGCCCUGCGGACCCUGCGUAACCCUGUGUUCCUGCUGGUGGUGCUGGCUCAGGUGCACCUGGCGGCGAUGGUGUCCGGCCUCGCCACCUUCAUGGCCAAGUUCAUCGAGCGGCAGUUCACCCAGACGGUCUCCUCUUCCACCAUGAUGAUAGGAGGGGAGUGACAUCCCCUGGCCGUGCUGGGCACCGUGCUGGGAGGGCUGUUGAUGAGGAGGCUGAGGAUCUCUGUGAUGGGCGCGGCCCUCAUGUGCACGGCGGCCAUCUUGCUGUGCAUGCUGAGCGCCCUGCCCCUCCUUCUCAUUGGCUGCUCAACUCAGAAGAUCGCUGGCAUCUACCCCAAGGCGUCCUCUUUAGCGUGCAGUGCUGGCUGCUCCUGCCCAGAUGAAGCCUUCAACCCAGUGUGUGGCUCCGACGGGGUGGAGUUCAGGUCGCCGUGCCAUGCUGGGUGUAGCAGCAGACCGCUGGGCAACGACAGCCAAGCUCUGAACUACACCAGCUGCCGUUGUGUGGAUGGUGGCCAUGGUUACGCGUUGCCGGGGACGUGUGGCAGCGGCUGUUCUCAUCUCCUGUUGCCGUUCAUGGUGCUGUCUGGUCUCACCUGCCUCAUCGCCUCCUUCUCCCAGACCCCAUCCUUCAUCAUGAUACUGAGGACAGUACCUCUGGAGGACAAGUCCUUUGCUGUGGGGGUCCAGUACAUGCUCUUCAGAGUCCUGGCUUUCAUGCCAGGCCCAGUCCUGUACGGCAAGACCAUAGACAGCACCUGUAUCCUCUGGGGGAAGAAAUGUGGAAAGUCUACUUCUUGUCAUUACUACAAUCUUGACCUCUUCAGACAGAGGUUCCUGGGCCUGCAGGCGGGGUUUGUGUGUGGAGGUCUGGUGUGUUUCCUGCUCUGCUACCUGGUCCUCCGGCGCAGGGCCAGCAGGGAGGCCCCAGGGGCCGGCUACGAGCUGGUGGACAGAGAAAAAAGCCCGGUAACCUCGCCCUCUAAAGAACUACAGAGUAUUGCUACCUGAAACACACCUGCAUGGAGGACAGGAGAGGAGGUGUGUGUGUGUUUGUGUGUGUGUGUGUGUGAUGUAAAGUAUUGUAUCUGAGCCAAGGAGCUUGCUGACUUCUCUAUCUACUAUAACAGAGAUUUCCGCUUUUCCUUAUUUGAAAUGUGACCAAAGAAUUUACACCAAUGUGAACAUUACACAACCAUGUUAGUGGGCAUAUGCUAAUCAUUGUUAUGAAUGUAAAAAAAACAAAUGGUAUGGUUGUAAGGUUCCUUAAGAUAAAUGUAUUUUCAAAUACAUAAAUGUUCUCAAGAAUAGUUUAUGAUAGAAACUGUAACAGCUUAUAUUUCCAAACUUUUGCCAGCUAACAUAGUAUUUUUUUAAAAGAUGCCUGUAAUUACAAAAUAUAGUAUCUUACUGUGCAGUGUACAAUGUACAGUAAAUAGUUUAUUUAGUUUUUUAUAUGAAACAUUUCAUUUGUUUUUUUUCUCAGUUUACAAGCAACAUUUUGGUGAAUUUGAACAUGCAUACUGUUGAAAUGAAUGAAUGUAUGAAAUCGAUAACCUGUUCUUAAGACCAAGCCAGUGGAACCGGUUUUGUUGAUUAACUGUCAGGAAAACUGUUCUAAAGGUGGAGGGGAACAGCAAAAGUGUUGUUUGAAAUAUUGCUUUGAUUCGCACAUUCCAAACUGAGGUGAGGUUUCGAGAGACACACACACACACACAAACCAA